GUUGUUUACAAUAUCUUUGACUUCUAGGUAUUAGUAGAUUUGAAUUGAAAUAAAUUGUUAUUGAAUUUUUUUAAUACCAAGAUUUUAAUAUCAGGUGUGGCAUGGUGUGGUAGUGAAGCAAGGAGUAUAUUUAUUAUAUUGCGACGAUGGCUGAAGGUGUGUGUGUUGAGGAGGACCCAGUGAAGCCUGAGCCGUUUGAAACAGUGCUCCUGCCCGUCAAGCAGGAGAUUGAGAGUGAAGACGAGGCUGAUGGAGGUGAUACAGCCGAGAGCGGGGUGAAGGUGAAGGAAGAGGUAGCUGUCGAAGACUCCCAGGCGAGUGAGCAGCUACAAGAGGCUGCCUCGCUCUCAGUGUGUGUGGGAAGCAGUGACUUGCCGUACAUAAUGGAAGAAAGGACCGAGGAUGGAAAGGACUUGGAACCUGUUUUUUUGUGGGUAAAAUCUGAGGGACUGAAGCAAUCAUCAUAUAAUAUGUGCCCCAGUGAGUUAGAUGAUAAUAGCAAUAGAACACACAAUUUUGGAAGAACCUUCUCAUGUUCACAGUGUCCUGCUAAGUACUCUGGAAGUAGAUCACUUAAGAGACAUAUGAGAACACACACUGGUGAAAAGCCAUUCUCCUGUUCACAGUGUUCUUCUCAGUUUUAUGUCAAGUAUCAUUUAAUUGAACACCUCAGAACACACACUGGUCAGAAGCCGUUCUCAUGUUCACAAUGUUCCAAAGCGUUCACUCAGAAGAGUAAUUUGACUAUACACCUCAGAACACACACAGGUGAGAAGCCAUUCUGUUGUUCAUGUUGUUCAGCUAGGUUUAGUUGCGGUGGUUACCUUAAGGCUCAUAUGAGAACACACACUGGUGAAAAACCAUUCUCGUGUUCAUUUUGCUUAGCUAAGUUUAGUUGCAAAGGUUACCUUAAAGUACACAUGAGAUCACACACUGGUGAGAAACCAUUCUCAUGUUCACAAUGUUCUGCUGUGUUCACUCAGAAGAACCAUUUGAUUGCGCACCUCAGAACACACACAGGUGAGAAGCCAUUCUCAUGUUCAUAUUGUUCUUCUAAAUUUACUGAUAAGAGCCAUUUGACUGUACACCUUAGUACACACACUGGUGAAAAACCAUUCUCAUGUUCCUUCUGUUCAGCUAGGUUCUGUACAAAUGGCUCACUUAGCAGACACAUAAGAUCACACACUGUGUAAAGCCAUUCUCAUGUUAAAAUUGUUUCUCUAAAUUUACUGAAAAGAGCCAUUUGUUUUUUUACACCGUAGGUCAUAUACUGGUAAGAAGUCAUUCUUAUGUUCAUUACAUUUGCUAAGUUCAGUGACUAGAGUUCACUUAGGAGACAUAUAAUAAAACACACAACAGUCAAUAAAUCACAAAUAAUUCCUGACACCUAAAUAAAUAAAUAAAUAUUGCUUAGAAGUUUCAAAUUGUAUGUUUAAUAAAAUAUAAUUAAUUUUUGAAAAAAUUAAAAUAGCAUGGAUUGGUGGUUACAAAGAGAGUAUAUCACAUAUUAUAGACAAACUUAACACAAAGAUUACAUGAUAAAUAUUUCUCUGUCAUCAUUUUCACUACACAUGUUUAUUUGACUCUGCUACUUUAACUUAAAAAAAAAAAUCUUUUAUUUUGUAUGUGAGAAAACAGGUGAAAAGCCAUUGUAUGUUCACAAUGUACUAACUUUAAAGGGUAGUUUUUAUACACAUGGUGAGAAGCCAUUAUCAAGAAUUUUGUUCUGGUCAUUAUCGUGGAAGGAGUUCCUUGGUUAUCAUAUAAAAAGAUGUGUGGGUGAAAAGCCAUCAUCAUUUUAAAUUUGUCAUUCUGGGAUCAGUGAAAAAUUAUUAUAAAACUACAUAUAUAAGAACACCUGAGAGUGAAUAACUUUUCUCAUAUUCACAUUGUUCUGAUAAGUUGACUGUAAACUAUAAUAUGUUUUACACCUCUAAACACACAGGUUAAAAACCAUUCCCAUGUAUAUUUUGCUGUAAUAUUUUGUCAACUGAGAUAUUUGAUGAUGCAUUGACAUUUAAAAAAGUUAAUGUAAUAUUAAAAGAGAAAAUAUUCUUAUUAUGCUAUAUACAUGCUUGAUAUGUUAUUCGAGGUUCAUUGAAUGUUUUAACUUAAAGUAAUUGUUAAAUCACAAACUGUUGAGACUCCAUUAUGUUUGUUAAGACUUCCAAUGGUUUCGGUUUAGUAUUGAUGUCAUUUUAAAAUUGGAAACAGGCAUUGAGGAGAAGGCUCAAUAAAGUUGAUAAUUUUUUGCUUCCUUCACUUAUGCUAGUUAUUUACUUGUAUCUGUAGUAACCAUGAUGAUAUGCAGGACUCUCCCUAGAGACAGAUUGUUGAGCAUGCUGGCCACUUUGUUUUCGUUCGGCCUGGCUGAAUAAUUCAGCUGAUCAAUCAACAUACAGCAUAACAUGACAGGAAGAAUAAUAAAAGAAAAAUGUUUGUACAGGUAGAAUUGUAUCCAUAGUUUUUGCAAACUUUUCCCAGACAUGUUCAAUUAAAAAAGACAAAUUUUUACUCAUUGCAAUGGUGCGUACAGCAAUAUGUGUAAAUUCUUGUUACUAUUUUUUUUUUUUUUUUGCAAAAUCUUGAGUUGGUGAUUACCUUAAUACAAAAAUUUUUAUGUUAUUCUAAAUGAUUCCUUACCUUGUUACCACCGAGUAUCAUGUUUCCUUUGAGUAAUUUAUCAUCCAUGAGAUAACACAUCAUUUUUUGUAAUCUCAUUUCAAUUUUAAGACCCUCGUACACUUUGAAUUUCUUUGAAAACCAUUUUGAAUAAUUUGCAUAAUUUUUUAAUCUAUUUAAGUACUGGUUACCAAAACUUUCAGGUUGGAUCAUAACUAUUAUGUCUUUAGUUGCUUAUUUAAGGAUAAAUGUAAAUGAAUUAAAAAGCUAAAUUCAUAAAUAACUCUUUAAAUAUCAGAGCAGGAUACCAUUAAUGCCUUUGAUUACAGUGUGUCUUUACAGUUCAAAAUGGACUUCGGAAUUCAACAUUUUUUCAAUGGAGCCAUUACAAUAAUAACAAAAGGAAAUCUCAUUAUUUAAGGAGUUUUUUUAGAAUAGUAAAUUGUAAAGAUUAGUUAAAAAAUUUUAAUUUCCAUUUUUUGUGCAUUAUUAAAAUUUCUGUAUUUAAAGUUUUUUCCUUCUACACCUUUAUUAAUUAUACUUAUACUUGAUAAAUUUUAUGAAUUGCCUAACAAAUUUCAAACAUAAGUUGUUAGUGAAGGCAGUAAUAGUGUAAUCUUUAGUACACAUACACCAUAUACAUACAUAUACACAUACGUAUGUAUAUAAUAAAAAUAUUUAAGCAUUGAAAUAAGUUGGCCAAUAUUAGUGUCUUAAAGUGUAGCUUUUUAAGGUAAAUAAAUUUUUUUUUUUUGCUCAUGAAUAUGAUUUGGCAUAGCUAGAUGUACAAAUAUUGCUUCGAAAGUCCUUUUAGAAAUUAUGUUAAAUAGAUAACAACAAUUUUGCAAGUUCACACACGGCAUGUUUAUUAGAUGUCAAGUGUAUGUAAGAACAUCAUUUCAUUUGUAAAUUUUCUCUGAUAUUGUAUGUUGAGUAGUUUAAAAAGUGUUUACUCACUGACUGUAGGAUACUUAUCUGGUAAAUUACAGAAGUCGUGCAAAGUCUUUUUUAAAGUGUUUUAAAAUAUGUCCAAAUUAUGUAACAGGCUGUGUUUACACAUUAUUAUGUGUGUCAUUAAUACCUCCAUGAUAUUUCACUCAGUUACUGUAUCAUAUAUAAAACUGGUGGCAGCCAUGUAGUCCCGUGGACCGCUAGCUUGUUUCAAGAACCACCCAGCUCUAUAACUGUACAGGAUAGAACACUGUUGUGUGAUUUGCUGUCAGCCAUGUUGGCUGUGAAGUGUAAAGUGAAUAAGAGAUCUGUGUAGUGUAAUUUGUAAAGUUGUCGUAAAUUUUGUAUAUAUGUAUGAGUUUGUGCAUGCAGUAGUAAAUAUGUGAUGCAAAACUCUACGGUUUGUUCUGAAUGAAAGAACUUGUGAAAUUGUAAUAUGCAUAAUUACGUUAAGAAAGUUUGUCAAUAAAUAAUUUUUUUUUCUUCUGUUGUGUUAUCCUGAGCAUUGUUGUAGUCUUGACAUAUUUAAAAUCAGAAAUGGAAAGUGUGAACAAGAUUUUUACAUCUAAUGUGGGUUUUUUUUUAAACCUCAAGAUUUGCCAAAUUUGAUCCUGUUUUGAAUAACUGACACACUGGAAUCACCUUCUUUAUUUCCUGGCCGAAUAGAUAAAACAUAUUUGAGAGAAUAAUUCUUAAAAAAAGCAUGGUCGAGAUCAUGAACUGAAUAUGGCUUGGGAUGCUUCCUAGCAGUUUUACAUGCCUCUAUGUAACCAGCUGGUGAGUAAAUUUCGCGAUUCUUUAUGCGCUUUUCUAUUAAAGUGUGCAUACUGUCACACUCCAUCUGUAUGUGGCCACGCUCUAGGUACUUUUAUACUAUAGUAAUUUUUUUUCUUGAGCCAAGAAGAGAAGGGCAUUUGAGAGGGUGGCAUUUCUGUUUUGUGCAGCACAACCAUCGCUGUAAAACAGUAUGGUUUCAUUUUCUUUGAUCCCACUUUCACUGCAAAUGAAGUUAUGGUAAAUAUGUAGUGUAGCGGUAUUUGCGAAAAUUUUUUUAAAAAUCCGAAAAUACUUUUAUUAUAUGCUCUUUCACUUCCUCUUUUCAUUAAACCCGGCGGAGAUAAGAAAUUCCAAAUACUUUAGGAGAUAUCGCCGUUCUUAUUUUGCAAUACAAGACCUGUGCUAUCAUUCGACCGUCGCAAGUUUUUUAUUUCGCAGUGUGUUCGUGAAUGCCUAAUUAAUUAAAAUGGUCGAUUAGGUCAGGCUAGUUACAUUAUCAAUACUUUCAAACUAAGCGGACAUUAAAAAUAAUGUGAAUUAAUUUUAAUGAUUGCUUAGUUUUAAAGUAUUUAUAAUGUAACUGACCUGACCUAAUAAACUGGGACAAAGGAUGAACAGUAGGAACUCACGUAAUUUUUUUUUACUUAUUACUUGCGCAACAAUAUCCAAAUACCAAAUAAAACAUUAAAAUUUGAAACGUUAAAAACUCACCUAAGUUAGAGGCGGGUACAAUUCCUUUGCCAUUAGUAGAAAAUGAUGUAGUCGUUCACCUACAUUGUGGGAAAAAAAAAAAAUCCAUACUCGUGAACAAGAAACAAUUGUGAACGCCACAUGAAUACAGAGGUAUUGUAAUGAAAAUUAAAAAAUUUGAUAUCUCCUAAAGUAUUUGGAAUUUCUUAUCUCCACCGGGUUUAAAGAAAAUAGGAAGUUAAAGAACAUAGAAUAAAAGUAUUUUCGGAAUUUUUAAAUUUUUUAACAAAUAUCGCCCAACUAUGAAAAUUAAAAAAUUUGACAUCUUUUAAAGUAUUUAGAAUUUCUUAUCUCCGCCGGGUUUAAUGAAAAGAGGAAGUUAAAGAGCAUAUAAUAAAAGUAUUUUCAUACUAUCACUUAUAUUUCCCAAUGAAGAGGUGUUUCGAUUAUCAUCAUUGUUCAUCACCACACACUUGAAGCUUUCAUUUUUUCCAGUAGGAGCCUCCAUUUCACCAUCUUCCUUUUUGGUGUGUUUCACUUGUGACAUGACAUCCUUUGCUAAUGCCACAAUUACAUAAGCUCUCCGUUGAUAUACCUGAAAGCAUGGAGGUAGGAAUAAUUUGUAGAUGCCAUGUUAUGACAUUGUUAAAGGAAUUUUUUGCUACUUUUUUGGGUCCGAAAAUGGCGAUAGGUAUAAAAUGCAUAUAAAUUCGUGCAAAAAAUGGUUUAAGGCUACAUGAAUUUGUUUUAAAAUGUUGGUUCAAAAUAUUGGUAGCAAUUUUUGACCUUGCUACUUUAAAUAUACUGCUACCUUGUAUAAAUUUGAUUCUAAUUGUAUUAAUACAGAUUAAAGAUGAAGUUAACAAUGAAAACAUUGGCUCAAGAUUGAAAAUAAAAUACACUACACAAACCCUCAUAAGUCUUGUACAAGUUGUGUAUAUACCCUCGUAAGUCUGUUAUGAAAUUAAAUCAUUAUUACCACACAUUUGAGACAUAUCUGAGUUUUUAUUACGUAAAUUUAAACAUCAUACCUCUUUUCGGGAUUCUGAAGCCAUUUCUUCUAUGUUUGUGCACUACAUUAAUCAAAUUAAACAAACAACACAGGACAAUACACCAGAUACAAUGUUCUCCAAGCAAUAGUUUCAGGCAUACUUGGUUUUGUGUUCAAGUCUAUAGUGCUGUAAGAUACGAGGUUUCAUUAUUUAACCACAGAUGGCUCUUGCAGUCUAAGCAAGAUAUGAGGUUUUUGUAGAAUUAUGGAGCAGGUUUUCCUGAAUCUAAUGGUGCGUGUAACUUGACGCCGUCCCCGCUGCCUGUUUUAGAAUUAGUGAAUUAGAUUGUGAAAGCUAGAAUUUUGACUCGAGGGCGGGGUUCUUUGCCUCGUGGCUGCAGGCAGGGACGCAUUAACAAGGACUCCCCGGGCUGUUUAGGCCACCCAGGAUGCUGUAAGGAUUAAGGGAAAACACUUGAAUGUUAACUGAUUUUAUUUACACGUCACCUGGUACAGUAUGUCACAUGGUACAUGGUGCCGUCACGUAACUGGCCAUAUCAUCGUCUACCUUCUAUUCUCCGCACAUGCAGCCCUCGAAUGGCGACACUGAUUCGCGGUUUGCAGAGCGCCCUGGAAUUACCCCACUGGGGGUUGCAGGCUAUCCUGAGACUAGCGGUAGGGAAUAUAAUGGCGCGUGACGCGUCAGGGGGCGGCGAAUACGGGUGCGCCGG